UUAAAUUGGCGAGUCGAUUAAUGGACCCCGUGCAGCCAAAACAGCAAAUCACUGCUAAAAUUUUAUCAGGUCGGAACAGGACAGGCACCGCCCAGAUCUUCCCAUUUAAUUCCUUUCAGUCAUGUAGAGAGAGCUUACGGGGGCAGUCAUCAAACCAAAGUUCCUAAUUCAUCCAAACUUCUUCUUGGCUGAAAAAGAUGGACGUGAAGAAUGUUUUUGAUGUUUCUUCUUAUAUUUUCGUCGAAGCAACUGGUGACUCAGAGGCUGAUGUUGUUGUUGAUCCUAACACUACCACCACAGUUUACCAUAAAAAUGACGAUGCUGAAUCAUGUAACCACAAUUUCUCUGGGUUCCCAUUUGUUUCUUACAUACAUAAUGGCUUUCAAGUUCAAGCUGUACAUGUUGAUGAUGAAGUGGAGGAGGGAGAGGAGGUUCAUAGUUACAAGACAUGGUCGAAUCAAGGACAAAACAGUCUUCCUGGAGACAAGAAAUCGAAGGAUUCAUCUGAAAAAGGAAUGAGUGAAAUAGAGAAGAACAAGCUGUUCUGGGAAACAUGUCUGGCAUCUGGGUGUGGAGUUAGCUGGAGGGGCACGGAAACAGCUUUUUAAAUAAUGAAACUGUACAUAUUUAAUU